UUUUGGUAUAGUAGUAGAAAUAAUUUAACAAAGAUAAUGUCAAAACAUGUUAUUUGUUGAUUAAACUAGUCACUAAAAUUAGAAAUUUAUUUUUAAAACUUCCUCCUUUGAAAACCAUUCUAAAACUGGUUUUAGGGAAAGUAUAUGGAGGGACGAAUGUGGCCUAGUCUCAUUUUGCAAGGUUUAAAUGCUCACUCAUUGUAUUGAUCAGAAAAGUUAAUAAAGGGUAUUGUUACACACUUGACUUUUACCCAUUGUUCUCUUCACUUUUCAACCGAUAGAGACCCAGUUGUGAUAAAAUAUGUCAAAUAUUUUACAGUGUCAAUGUGUUUUGUUACAUUUGAAUAUUUAUUAGUUGUUUUAAGUUCAAGGCUUUUUUUGUUAAGAAGUUUACUAAAGUGGUUUUCCCUAGCCAAGUGAUGUUAUUAGCGACGGAAGAUUGUGACUUUUAUUCCAAACGUGUGAGAGUAUUUUUAUUAAAUAUGGAUUCAACAUGGGACACAUAAAUCUUUCCGCAGAAGGAAAAUGGACGUUGCCACACUUGAAAAUGCUUUGGAUGAGAAGUCAAAAAACUUCUGGUGGAUAUUGUCGUUGUUUUUGCUUACAAGCUCACCAGGGAUUUUAAACUCGAUGCAUAUAACGUCUUAUGUUUUCCUAGCUGAUAAUCCAGUUGUAUGGUGUCAUGUGCCUGAACUCACCAACUCAAACUGGACAAGCGAGCAGAUUCGAAAUAUUAGUUCACUUGAUACUACCAAAGAAGAAAAUUGCUACAUGUAUGAUUGGAAUUAUACAUUAUUCAGUGCAAUUGGCUAUGAAGAGAGUCUAAAUUUUAUUUCUGGUCAGAAAAAUAGACCGGACAAAAUAAAGUGUACAAGCUAUGAUUACAAUGAGACGAUUUCCUCAGUCGUCAGUGAGUGGGAUCUCGUUUGUGAUGCUACCCCUUUAAAAUCUCUUGUACAAGUAGCAGUUGCAGUCGGAAAAUUUGUUGGUGCUUUCUGUUUUGGAAUGGUUGCCGAUAAAUUUGGCCGAAAAAAAGUUUUUCUGUUUUGUUGCAUACUUUACAUGAUAGCUGGGCCCAUAGCUGCAAUUGCAUCUACAUAUGCACUUCUCUUAUUAAUGAGGGUACUUAUAGGCAUUGCUGGUUCUGGCGUUUAUGAGGCUGGCUAUACUAUCUUGAGUGAAAUGACAGUAAAGAAAUACAGAACAAAUCUUGGAUGUUUAUACAACAUUUCAUAUUCGAUUGGGCUAAUUUUUCUACCAAUAUUCGCCUACUACAGUUCCGACUGGAGACGACUCCAACUGCUUUUAUCCGCCCCUUCUGCUUUCCUUUUGAUCCAUUGCUGGUGCCUGCCCGAAUCUCCUAGAUGGUUGAUGACACAGGGACGCAAUAAAGAAGCUUGGAAAUUAAUCAAAGGCCCAUAUUCUGAACAGCGACCCAUAACUGAUGCCAAUAUACAGUCUGACACAGAUAAUGUUCAGGAAGCAAAACAUCCUUGGUACAAAAAAAUAUUCUUCGUCCUUCAAAAACUGUUUAAGCUGUUUUCCACAAAAGAGCUAAGAAGAAGAAUUAUAAUAUGCUAUUUUUGCUGGCUAGUAGCAUCAAUGUCUUAUUUUACAAUUGCCUUGAAUGCUCAUAAUUUUACGGCAAAUAAAUAUAUUUAUGUCGCCCUGAAUGGUGUGGCGGAAGCUCCAGGGUACAUUCUUCCAUUAAUUAUUUUAGGUUUUAUUGGACGAAAGCUAACUGGUGUUUUGCUUUUUCUAAUAGCUGGAAUCAGCUUGCUGAUUAUACUAGUGAUUCCUUCAGGAAUCCCAAUAAUGAUUGUAGCUCUAAUAGGCCGAUUAUGCAUGUCGGCCGUUUUUGCUGUGAUAAUUUUACACACAUCUGAAUUGUUUCCUACAUCAAACAGAAACACUGCCAUUGGGACAAGUUUAACGAUGGCCCAAGUGGGCACGAUAAUCGCCCCAUUCGUUGUAGACAUCGGGGGCGCUCAAGCGUGGUGGAUACCAAGCACAUUUUGUGGAGUGAUGAGUAUCAUAGCAGGCCUUCUGAUCCUACUCCUGCCUGAAACGAGAAACAAACCCAUGCUCGACACAAUACAAGAAGUCGACCAAUCCAAUAGAUACAAAAAUGUCAGUUUCAAAAACUGUUUUUCAUUUAGUUAAAAACCAAACCAAAAAACACAGGAGAAACCAAAAAAAAAACAGACUUAUCUAUUAUGAAAGAAUUAAAACCAAGUAGUGUUAGUUUUGUUUUUUAGAUUUUUGUAUCUGAAAGGAUGAGCUUGAAGAAAAAAAGGAAUAUAUUUUUAUGUAUAUGUAUUUUCUGGUCAAACAAAUUGAAAUGUAUAUUUAUUUUAAAGGCUUACUUUGAAAGCAUAAUGGUUUAUAUUUGAUUAAAAAUAUAGAAUUAUUUUUGUAUUUCUAUGUAUGUCAUUUCCCAAGUUUAAAUGAUUAAUGUUUUACUUUAUUAGUUAAAACCAAACUAUUUUGAAAAAUGUUACUAUGAUAAAUACAUUGUUUUAGGGAUUUGAAUGCUAUUUUUUCUGAAGGCGCAUUAUUUGACAAUGAAAUAUCACAAUUGUUACAUUAAUUUGUUGCUGGUGCUUAUAAUGAACUAGUUUUACAUAUUGUUGAUUUAUGUAAGCCAACAUUGUACAUGGUUAGGGUUGAUGUUCAUACAAAUUGGUGUAUUGUGUAUUGUAAGUGGUAGAGUUGAGCCUAUCACUUCUCGCAGUCCACCGGCAAUUCUAGCUUUUGUAAUUGACAAUAAAUUACCAGCAGGCUUUGUUAAUCACCCACCCUGGGUCCUGGCAGUCCGAGGUCAUACCUCUAUCUUUUCCAUCCGACACAAUCAGUUCCCAAAUCCAUUCACACUCUUACUCUUAAAUACAUUCUUCUUAGUGCUUGAUAUUCCUCCAUCACCCUUAACCUAUCAUAUAACUAACCUCAAUGAGUGUCGAUAUUCCAUUGGCCUUCUCACUACACAUUCAUGCUAAUAAAUACAUUCAGUCUAAACAUAAAGAAAAACAAUAUGAGGUAUCUAAAAGAAUUAUAUACAGUAAAACAGUCCUGUUUUAAAUUCCACCUUCAUAAUUUCUAAACAGUCCGGUUUUCUCUAAAAAUCAGAACAGAGGACUCAUAGAUCCAUAUUGGGUGGCAUUCUUGUACGCUCUCUAUAUGGAGUUGGAAUGGCACCCUUCAAUUAAGUGGGACACAUUGAACAAACUUUCUCUACGUGCCAGACACAUACAACCUCAACCUUGCAUGACAUGUUCUUAAUUGGGUGAGGAUGACCUCUCUUCUAUGCAUCCCAUACUAUGAGGGCUACCUAUAGACUCUUGAUGUGAGAGCUUCUCCGCCAACACUGCUACUUUCUUUUAAUAAUUUUUUAAAAUGUAUUUUUAAUGUCAGAAGGCCGGAUCGCAAUGGUCAGGUCCAUUUGACUGGUUUUCUUCUUACUUGAGGAAUACCCUGCAUUGUUAUGGUUGAUUAAAAAAACAUACCUGCUGUA